CGCCGAGUCAAGUGAAAUCCGGGAACACUUCGUUUUCGCCCCUCACUUUAUGUGUACCGUACGCUACGGUUUUUGUUGCAAUGGACGACGAUCCCUCGUUGGCACCUUGUGUUUUUGCAACAUCUGCUGCGUGUUCGGUCCCUCGUUCCCAAAACCCUCCUCGUGUCACACAACACAACACAACACAAUUCAAGACAAAACAACACAAAACAACACAACACAAAACAACACAGGACAACACAAUUCAAGACGACACAAGACAACACAAGUAUACACAAUUCAAGACAACACACUGCAACAAACACAACCCUUUUCCUUCAACAUGCCUCUUUCCGUGAGAUCGAAACCAAAACCAAUGCCACCGAAACCACGGGGCCCCGCCUUGUUUGCACUCAAGCACUACAGCGAUUCGAUCGCCGUGGGCCGCAGGCGUCGCUCCCAGAGCGAGGGCGAGAGCGGCCGUGUGUGGCCCGGCACGGACCCGGCCCUCCGGGAGCGCCCGCACAGGGUCGUGUCGUGCCGCUUCGAGAUGGAGGUCCCCACCAACGCCCUGCGCAUGAACGUCACCCUCUCGGUCGUGGCCGCGAGGGACCGGCGGAGGAACGGGUGUGGCGGCGGCGCCCCUGGCAGCAGCGAGAGCGUCUUUUGCCCGAGCGUCUCGUACAAGAUCACCGUCUGUACGCCGAGGCGGGAGAGCCACCACGGUGGUAUCGGCAGCAGCAACCCCCAGAGGAGCUACGAGCCACAGCACCAACGCCCGGAGCCGCACGGGCCGGUCGUUCGCAAGAACGCGGACGGGUCCAUCACCCACACCACCACCACGUCGACGCUAAGAUGGACCUCCAACUUUGUCGUUUCSGACAACGACGAACAAGGGGAUCCCUGCCACGAGUGGACCGGGAGUUUCGUCUUUGACGACACACCGGUCGAUGUGUCCGCCUGUUCCUUCCACCAGCUCGAGGGAACCUUUCGGGGGAGGAACUGCUCCGUCGGCGUCCGCUGCAGCAACAACACCACCACGAACAUUACUAGCAACAACACCACCAUCAACACCGACGGCUUUGGCAAGAACGACCAGGGACGGCAACGGGCAACGCCCGACAAGCGGACGAUCGAACACGGACACACACACACGCCGGCGAGGAAGCGGAGGCGCCUUCUUUCGCAGUGUCGGAACCACCAUUUGCGGGACACAGCACGAUUGCCAGCACGAUUGCCAGCACGAAUCGAUAACCCAACGCCUAGUGCGAUGCUAUUUUUCUAGAAACAAGCCCACGUUUGGCAUUUGCACUUUCUACGACUACCUUGUGAAACUUGUAGUUCUUGCUGUAGCGUAGUGUUUGUUGUAGGUUCCUUUCGUCCGAUACGAUACCCGCAGGCCCCUGCUGGUGGCGUCGGGAACGAAGCCUCUCUCUCGCUCCGGCGCCAUCGGCUCGUGUCUCCGAAACCUUCCGGCAGCUAGAUGCACCACGGCAGCAACGUACGGAAAGGCAAGCAGCGGGCCAUCGUCGCAUCGGCAACGGCCCAUACACGCCAAAGGGCCGAACCGAUGGGGUAGGAGAGGAACCGCACCGUCUCGGGUGGUGUCCGUUGGGUUUCGCAUCGCGUGGUGGGACCAGAUGUUUUUGAAAUGUGUGGUCGUCGUAGAUCAACAACAUUGUGGUUUUUAUCACGAUACUAGAACGCGAUGGCUACCAAAACACUAAAAUUGGUACAUAUGUACUUGCGCUUGUUUUCAUUUCGUUUGGUUGCACAGAUAUAUAUUCCUACUAUCAUUGAAAUAGUUAUUGCAAAAACAACGCAACGUAACCGAUAACGAUAAAAUCUAGAAACGGCA